AUCAGCCGCAUUGAGUACAUCCACUCCAAGAACUUCAUCCACAGAGACGUGAAGCCAGACAACUUUCUGAUGGGGCUGGGCAAGAAGGGCAACCUGGUCUACAUCAUCGACUUCGGCCUGGCCAAGAAAUACCGCGACGCUCGCACACACCAGCACAUCCCCUACCGCGAGAACAAGAACCUGACCGGCACCGCCCGCUACGCCUCCAUAAACACUCAUCUGGGCAUUGAGCAGUCCAGACGGGACGACUUGGAGUCCCUGGGCUACGUCCUCAUGUACUUCAACCUGGGUUCUCUGCCCUGGCAAGGCCUCAAAGCCGCCACCAAGAGGCAAAAGUACGAACGUAUCAGUGAGAAGAAAAUGUCCACGCCCAUUGAGGUCCUCUGCAAAGGCUACCCAUCGGAGUUUGCCACCUACCUGAACUUCUGCCGCUCUCUGCGGUUCGAUGACAAGCCCGACUACUCGUACCUCCGCCAGCUCUUCAGGAACCUCUUCCACAGACAGGGCUUCUCCUACGACUAUGUCUUUGACUGGAACAUGCUCAAAUUUGGUGCCAACAGGGCCGUGGAGGACGCAGAGAGGGAGCGUCGGGAGCGGGAGGAGAGACUGAGGCACAGCAGGAACCCCGCGGCCAGGGGCAUGGCCUCGGCCUCAGGAAGAGCCAGGGCAGCUCAAGAAGUUGCAGCCCCCUCACCCCUCAACCCCGCCUCACACACAGGUUUGGAGAAGGAGAGGAAGGUGAGCAUGCGUCUGCAUCGAGGGGCCCCUGUCAACAUCUCCUCCUCAGACCUGACGGGACGCCAGGACACAUCCCGCAUGUCCACCUCACAGGCUCUGUCCCGGGUCACACCCGGUGGCCUCCAGUCUGCAGCCCCACGGUGAAACCCUCCCAUCCGCCUGUGCACCAUGGAGGCCUCAACAUGCACCACCUGCAGCGCACACACACACACACACACACACACACACACACACACGCGCACACACACAUAGAUCGGACUCUUAAUUGACACAGGACUACCAACAAAUGCAAAGAGUCUGGCUGCGCUCUUGUUCCCUUGAUCGAGGAAGAGGUGCACAACCAGGAGUGUGUGUGUUUGUGUGUGAGAGGGAGAGAUGUUUUGGGGGAGAACAGUUUGGUUGCCUUAACCACCUCGGCAAAGUCUCAGCCACAGUGUCCUUUCUUCGUCUCUCGUUGAAAAUGUGGAAACACUCCCCCACCCCCCUCCCCUUCUUCUUACUGUUGAUGAAACCGUGGAUUCACUUUUCCCUGGCAUUUACCUUUUUUGUUUUUUUUGUUUUUUUAUUUUGUUUUUACUUAUUUUUAUUAUAAAGCAUUAAGCGUCUUACACCAGCUUCACUGGUCAGACUUCCUGAGGGUUUGAAAAUGGAGAAGGAUGAGUCUGUUAGCUGUUAAAAAUAUUAAGUGUGGGGCUUUUUUUAAUAAGGAAAGCAGGAAAUGUGAUCCAUCAUGGCAGUGUUAAAGGACAGUGCCUAAACUCUUUUUUUGUGUCCUGAAAGAUUCCUGAAAUCCCACAAGUCAACUUUCUUUUCCUUUUUCUUUUAGGUGUUUGAGGUUUAAAUUUAAAGGUAGGAUAAUCCCCUUGUUUUUAAAAUGGGACAAUAAAGGCCUUUUAAUGUUCUAUUUUCAAAGGUGAUCCCGUAGUAUGAGUUUCUUUGUCCUCCUCAGGUGCUUUGGAACCAGGACAUUGUUGUAAAUCCAAGAACAGGCAGCACGUUUUCUUUCUGUCUUCAGGUUGUGACUGCAGUGUGCUGCUUGAGAAAGCUGUGAAUGGAACAGUGAAAUAGUCAGAGGUCAAUUUGUCCACUUUGAAUGGAUGAGAUGUUGUUUUUAACCGGGUGUAUUGUGAUGUGGUUUUGUGUGUUUGUGUGGUUCUGUCGUAGACUUACAUACGCUCAAAGUUGAGGGGAUGAAGAUGUUGAGGGAUUUUUUUUAUUUUAUUUUAUUUUUUUUUUAUAUAAAGUAUUAUUAUUAACUCCUUCGCCCACUUUCUCUGUCAGCUUCCAUUUUGGGUCAAAAUGCUGUUUGCUAUUUUGUUUUCAAGCAUACCUUUUUUCCAUUUUCUACCUAGACCUCGGUAAACACUGUCUGUCUUACAGAUAGACUUUCAACUUGCUUGUCUGGAUGUGCCUCUCCAGUACUAUCUCAGUAGAUCAUAAAAAAAAUCAACCUCAACCACAGGCGCUUAAAUAAUGUCUUUCCCAACGUAAUGACACUUGCUGCAGUUUAGUUUUCACCAUUUACAUUACACUACUUAACAGUUUCAGUCUACCAGCCCAGAGCAAACAAGAAACUGGCAAAUCCAUGGUGCAGACGGCAUCAAAACUCUACGAAGGAGGCAAAAAAUACUUCAAUUUUUUUGUCAACUUGCAGGAUUAUAUUGGAGACGUGCAACCUAACAGGCAAGACAAACAGCUCUGCAGUGAGUUUGGUCUGAAUCGUAGACCAGCUCUGGAAAAGCUUAAACAAAAGACUGUCGAGUUGCAUUAUGAGAAUGUAGGGCCCAGUUUUUAUAGGGGGGGAGGCUCAUAUGUUAUAGUUGCCUCAAUUUUGACCAUGCUUAUUUUAAUCUGUUUUUUGAAAGUCCCACAUGGAAGUACCGUACUAAAUUGUGAAUGUUCCACUCUACAGUCAUUCAUCCGUGAAUUUUAAAAACCAAUAUUAUAGAUUAAGCACAGUAAAAAUUCAUUGGGCUUGAUGUGUCCAGUGCAGUUCAAUUAAACCUUGUCUUUGUCAGUCCAUACUGAUCUUUCACACCAACUUGGGCUAUCCCCAUCAGAAGUUCAGACGAUGUGCGAGUCCAGGUAGAAAAUGGACCUGUGUGCUCAGGCUGAAUGGAAGUGGGGAGGGUUUUGGAGCGUUAUGGACGGAGUGUUGUCUUAAGAAAGGAAGUCGCAGUCGAAUCCCAAUGGUACAGGAGCCAAAAGCCGCAUGUGGCUCUUCUCUGUGCCUCAUGCCCAUCCAUCACGAGGAGACCUGAUCUGAGCGGUCAGCCGCGCUGACUAAUUAAUCCUGCAGAUGUUGAAGUAGAAUAUUCUCUAUGUGGUAGACUGGUUGCAAAGUAUUGUUGGCCAUUUUCUGUAGUUAAAGGGGCAAAGGGGCAAAGGGGUGUAGUGGUAAUUUGUACGUGUUUGUUCUAUUGUUGUGUAUAGGAUGUGCCUACACUGGUCUACCACGUCCACACGAGCCGCUGUACAGGUUCGGAUGAUGACGGCAGUGUACGGAGGGAAUGGGAAUGCCUCACUCCAUUAGAGUUCCUGCUAAGGCAGUUUUUUUAUAUAUAUAUAUAUAUAUAUAUAUAUAUAUAUAUAUAUAUAUAUAUAUAUUCUUCACCUGUGGGCUGAAACAAAAAAAGGUGAUGGAUUAACUUGUUUGUCUCACUGAUGAUGGCUAUGAUAAAUGCAAGUACACUUUACAUGGGAGAAUAGUUUGUCUGCUUCUCUCAUUUAUUUCUUAUUUUGUCACUUCUUGUCCAAUUUUGCUUUGACCUGUGUAGUCGAGAGGGUUACUCAUGUCCCACAAUGCAUUUUACUGUGGAUUCACGGGAAAUCUUUCUUUCCACUCCCACCUUAAGACUUUUGCUCCUCAUUUGUAAUGCCACUGUACUUGUGUAUUUUAAAAUUGUGUAAAUAAAUUAAUAAGUACUUGUA